CUCCGCGCACCCACGCCUCGCUGCUCCGCUUCCUGCUCCCCACCCGGGCAUGAGCCCCCCGCGCCCCCGGCCCCCCAGAGCUCGCAACGCCCCCCGUAUCCUCCCCAGAGCCGGACGCUCAGGAUGGGCGCCCUCAGCCCUACGCCGCUGCCGCUGCUGCUGCUGCUAAUGCUGGGAGUCAGAUGCUGCGCCCGGGAGGUGCUGGUCCCUGAGGGGCCCCUGUACCGCGUGGCUGGCACAGCUGUCUCCAUCUCUUGCAACGUGAGCGGCUAUGAGGGCCCUGCCCAGCAGGACUUUGAGUGGUUCCUGUACAGGCCUGAGGCUCCAGAGGCUGCACUGGGCAUCAUCAGUACCAGGGACACCCGAUUCUCCUAUGCUGUCUUUGGGCCCCGUGUGGCGGCUGGUGAAGUGCAGGUGCAGCGUCUGCAGGGUGAUGCCGUGGUGCUCAAGAUUGCCCACCUGCAGGCCCAGGAUGCUGGCGUUUACGAGUGCUACACGCCCUCCACGGAUGCCCACUACCUGGGCAGCUAUAGCGGCAAGGUGGAGCUGAGAGUUCUUCCAGAUGUGCUGCAGGUGUCUGCUGCCCCUCCAGGGCCCCGAGGCCGCCAGGCCCCAACCUCCCCCCCACGCCUGAUGGUGCAUGAGGGGCAGGAGCUAGCACUGGGCUGCCUGGCACAGACGAGCACACAGAAGCACACACACCUGGCGGUGUCCUUUGGGCGAACCGUGCCCGAGGCGCCAGUGGGGCGAGCGACUCUGCAGGAAGUGGUGGGACUCCGGUCGGACUUGGCUGUGGAGGCCGGAGCUCCCUAUGCUGAGCGGCUGGCUGCAGGGGAGCUACGGCUGGGCAAGGAAGGGCCUGAUAGGUACCGCAUGGUGGUUGGGGGCGCCCAGGCAGGGGACGCAGGCACCUAUCACUGCACUGCUGCUGAGUGGAUUCAGGAUCCUGAUGGUAGCUGGGCCCAGAUCGCAGAGAAAAGGGCUGUCCUGGCCCACGUGGAUGUGCAGACGCUGUCCAGCCAGCUGGCAGUGGCAGUGGGGCCUGGUGAGCGUCGGAUUGGCCCGGGGGAACCCUUCGAACUGCUGUGCAAUGUGUCAGGGGCACUGCCCCCCCCAGGCCGUCAUGCUGCAUACUCCGUGGGCUGGGAGAUGGCACCUGCCGGGGCACCUGGGCCUGGCCGCCUGGUAGCCCAGCUGGACACAGAGGGUGUGGGCAGCCUGGGCCCUGGCUACGAGGGCCGGCACAUUGCCAUGGAGAAGGUGGCAUCCAGAACCUACCGGCUACGGCUGGAGGCUGCCAGGCCUGGAGAUGCGGGCACCUACCGCUGUCUCGCCAAAGCCUAUGUUCGAGGGUCUGGUACCCGGCUCCGUGAAGCAGCCAGUGCCCGCUCCCGGCCUCUCCCAGUGCACGUACGGGAGGAAGGUGUGGUGCUGGAGGCUGUGGCAUGGCUAGCAGGGGGCACCGUGUACCGGGGGGAGACUGCCUCCCUGUUGUGCAACAUCUCUGUGCGGGGCGGCCCGCCGGGGCUGAGGCUGGCCGCCAGCUGGUGGGUGGAGCGACUGGAGGAGGGCGAGCUGAGCUCUGCCCCUGCCGAGCUUGUGGGUGGCGUGGGCCGGGACGGUGUGGCAGAGCUGGGGGACCGGCCUGGAGGAGGCCCUGUCAGUGUGGAGCUGGUGGGACCCCGAAGCCAUCGGCUGAGACUCCACAGUCUGGGGCCAGAGGACGAAGGCGUGUACCACUGUGCCCCCAGUGCCUGGGUGCAGCACGCCGACUACAGCUGGUACCAGGCAGGCAGUGCCCGCUCGGGGCCUGUCACGGUCUACCCCUACACGCACGCCCUGGACACGCUAUUUGUGCCCCUGCUGGUGGGUGCAGGGGUGGCCCUCGUCACCGGCGCCACUGUCCUUGGCACCAUCACCUGCUGCUUUAUGAAGAGACUGCGAAAACGGUGAUCCCACACUCCCCAGCUCUUGCAGGUGUCGACUGUCUUCCAGCCCAGCUUCAAGCCCUCCACUGGCUGCCUGGAUACCCUCUCCCCCUGUCCACCCUUUAAUUUAUUUCCCCUAUCCCCACCCAGAGUGGGAGACAAGCCCCCAAUCCCCACCACUUCCCUCCCAAACUCCUCCCUCUGGCCUUCUGCUCUUGAUCUCAUACCCAUCCUAUAGGGAAGGCCAGUCCCUGUCUUAGAACUAGUUUUUCUAAAAUGUGAAUAAACUUGUUUUAUAAAA